AACAACUGUUCGUGCGGUGUCUCUAACUGCAUAUAUACCUCCAUAUCACCCCACAGGCUCGUUCAUAAACCAUGGUGCUGCUGACAGUUAGGAAGUCGUUUGUGCUACUAUCAUGUACGUUUUUGGGGCUCAUUUGUGGGACGAUGUACCUUUAUUCAUCUUACAGUCCACAAUUCGCUGCUCAGCUAGGCUACUCCGUGACAGAUUCAUCAAAAAUUGCGUUGGCAGGCACCAUUGGCGUGGCUAUAGCCGGUCCCAUUUCUGGUAAAGUUGUAGACCGGUCGGGAUAUAGUUGGGCCAUGAUAAUCGGCGGGGUCUUCAUCUUUCUGGGAUACUUAGGAUUAAAAAAACAGUUUGAUAUCAUUUACUCAAGUUUGCCGGUAUCCAAUUUGCUUUUGUUUAUGGUGGGAAUGGGCCUGACCUUCAUUAAUUCUGCUUGCUUGAAGUGCUGUGCUGUGAGCUUCCCCAGCAUCAGGGGAGUUGCUACUUCGUUGCCAUUGGCUUUAUAUGGUCUUAGUGCUUUGUUCUACUCGGUAAUAGGAUCGGUGUUUUUCCCAGGAGACACGUCUCGAUUUCUUGGGUUUUUGGCAUACUCAUCCAUGGCUAUUUUCUGUUUGUGUUCUCCCAGUGUGUUCAUGGCCGAUGGUGAACAUAGUCUGCGGGGAGUGGUCCACAGAAAGACCAUUUCUGCUUCGGGCAUUGAAAUGUCGAUCUUGCGGUCACCUGUGUUAGGGCACAGUCCUGGAAGUCCUGCAGUAGGCUUGGCCCUGCCAAUCGCACUCCCCAAAGCUAGUGGCAGUGGCACAUUAAUUGAUGAGGUGGAACUGGGCAGUAUAUUUGCUUCUUCUAAGUUCUGGAUCCUCUUCUUUCUCACAGGAUUCCUCGCAGCCAUGGGACAAAUGUACAUUUAUUCGGUGGGCUACAUAGUAAAGGCAUUGGUGACGGCUGGUAUUACGUUUGACUCGACUAUUUCAGAAGAGGCUCGUGCUCACUUGGAAGCAUUGAUACAAAAAAACCAACAACUUCACGUUGGGCUAUUGUCAGCAACCAACUGUAUUGGUCGGUUGGUGUCUGGGAUAUGUGGAGAUAUCAUUAGCCAGUCAUUUCAUAAAAGAAGGUCUUGGCUUUUGUUUGUACCCGCUAUAGGCUUGACUAUCACCCAAAUCAUGGGCUACCAGAUCGAGGACUACACAAAAUUGACGUGGAUGUCUUUGCUCACGGGCUUCUUCUACGGGUUCACCUUCUGCCUUAUGCCCAUCAUUAUAGGAGACUUCUUUGGUAUGGAUAACUUCUCCUCCAACUGGGGGUUUGUGGGACUUGCACCCAUUCUUCCUAGUUUCUAUUUCACCAAGCUUUUUGGUAACAUUUUCGACUCCAACUCCUUCAUUGCCUCUGAUGGCUCACAUAUUUGUUCCAGUGGAAGUGGGUGCUAUAAGUCUAUUUUUAGACUUGAUAUGGUGGUGACCGUGUUGUGUGUGGUGGUAGUCGGGGUGUUAAACUUUGGAUUUCGUUGGCUUUCGAAGAGCCCCCGUGAGUAUAAACCGUUGUGAUUCGGGCCCGCCCCCGCUCUUUACUUCACUACGUGUACAUAUUAAUUAAAAGUAUUUAUUGCCAA